AUGGAUUUCGCUGGAAACAUCAAACGAUGCGAAGCUGACAGGGUCCCUUGUCCGGGCUCCCACGAAUGCGUUGGGCGUGGAAUGGAGUCAGUAUGCUGUCAGAAAGCAGAUCGUAUAUGCCACGUCUCAGUUCAUGCUGGUUCUCCGUGUGGAGCUCCACCCCAGACAAGGUACUACUACGAUGCAGCGUCGAAACUUUGUCGUUCGUUCACAUUCACCGGUUGUGGUGGCAAUGAGAAUAAUUUUAAGACCAAAGGAGAAUGCACACAAUUCUGCAGCAAUGAAAUCAUUUGUCCCUCGAGGUGA